AUGGCACAGAACAUUGUGGCACCAGUGUCCUUUCCAGAUGCAAAGUCCAGUGCUCAUUUUAUAAUGUGCGAUCUUUCAAUAGACACUGUUGAUAGCCCAUAUAUGCUGCCGAUGUUGGCAAAAACGCUAGCUGUGUUAACUAUGCCAUUGGAGACCGAGUGCAUGACCUGGCUGGUAAUGCGCGUCAUGCAGCCAACUGCCGCCGGAAUCCACGAUCUUUAUGUGGAGGAAUACAGCAGGAAGGAGGCCAAUGCGUUGUAUGCUGUGGUUGUCGAUAAGUGUGCGUGGCGCUUGCCAACAGAGGCUGGGCUUGCCGGCUGCAUCCUGGUCAAGGUGUCCAAUGAGCUGCGCUGUUUGCAUUGCGAAGACAGCAUGUAUGCCGUGGUUAUGUGCGCCUACAACUUGCUUGCUCUAUAG